AUGUCUACGGCUUACUGCGACCUCCGCGGCCUUCGUGGCCACAUCCUUUACCUAUGCCUCGGCUUACUACUGCUUCUAAUCCCCGGAGAAGCCUACGAGAAACUUUCAGAUGACAGACUGAAAGCACUUCCACGACCAAGUCAAGACUUUGACAUUCACACUGGUGCUCUGUUCUCGCCAAUUCUACAACCUCGCGUCCCUGGCACCCCUGGCCAUACAGCAGUACUCGAACACUUCGCAAGCUUCUUCCGGACAACACUACCACAGUGGGAGAUUGAGUUCCAAAACUCGACCGCAAAAACCCCGAUAUCUCAUGGGAAAGAUGUCCCAUUUAUCAAUUUUAUCGCAUACCGGGAUCCGCCAGGGGCUUCAAAGGGCGAUGUUGGCCGAUUGACAUUGGUUGCUCAUUAUGAUAGCAAGCUAGAGCCAGAGGGAUUCAUUGGAGCCAUCGACAGUGCUGCGCCUUGUGCAAUGAUCAUGCAUGCCAUGCGCAGUAUUGACUCCGCUUUGGAUAAGAAGUGGGCAGCGAUGAAGGAACAAGGCAUGGACCUUUUGGAAGAACACCAUGGAAUACAGGUCCUCUUCCUCGAUGGCGAAGAGGCGUUCAAGGAGUGGUCCACUACAGACUCACUAUAUGGUGCUCGCGCUCUUGCCGAACACUGGGAUACUCAGAUGAACCCGGCUAUGUCGACAUUCAAGACGCCACUGUCGUCUAUAUCUCUCUUCGUUCUACUAGAUCUUCUUGGUUCAAAGAACCCGAAUAUCCAAUCCUACUACCCUACAACCCACUGGGCUUAUCAAAGUCUCGGAUCCCUCGAAAAGCGUCUUCGAUCUCUUGGGAAAUUGAAAUCCCCGCCAGCUGAGCCAUGGUUCAUUGAUACAUCAAAGGAUUCUCAUCAAGUCAUGGCAUUCGGUGGAAUCCAGGAUGACCAUUUGCCUUUUCUGGCAAGGGGGGUGGAAAUCCUCCAUCUCAUUGACUUUGCACCUUUCAAGGGCUUCCCAUCUGUUUGGCAUACGGCCGAUGAUGAUGCUGAGCACCUGGAUAUGGAUACCGUCAAAGAUUGGAGCGUUCUGAUGACUGCAUUCGCUGCUGAGUGGAUGGAGUUGGAAGAAUACCUUGACCAUCAAGACAAUGUGCGGCGUGAAGGGGAGCUUGAAGAGUCGGAGGCUAUCCGAUUAAACAAGAAGACCGAGUUGUAA